AUAAAAGUAUUAAAAUUUGGAGAAAACUGUUCACUCUCUGCAAUCACAGAUGGAGGUGUAUGUUUGUUGGGGUGUUAGCGAUGGCCAUUGGUAUUUCCACGAUUCCACUAGCUCACGGGAUCUGGCACUUGAUUCCCUCUAUGUGCUUCCUUGGAUUUGCAUUUGGUACUGUUGAUAGCACCGUAAUGGGAAUAAUGUAUCAAAUUGUAGACGUUUGGUAUGACGGAGCGUACAGCUUGGCUGCCGCCCUUUUAGUCUUUAAUUUUAGUCUCGCGUACACAAUAGGUACGCUGGCUUCAGGUUCUAUUGUUAGAUUUAUUGGAUUUAAAUGGACUAUGUGGAGCUUAUCGAUAGCCAUUCUUGUGUCUUCGCCAUUUUGUUUACUGCUCAGUCGAAUCCCAGAAGAGAAAGAAACCCUACCAUCUCCUGAUCAAGAUGUUCCGAACUAUCCACCCGAGACAAUAGAAGAUAAACCACAACCAUCGCUUGAUGAAACCACGCGAUUAAUCAAACGAUGAUAACAUGAUCGCAAAGACUUUCGAGAAACUAAUUUAAGGGCAGUCUGAAUAUUUUAUUAUAAUGUACCAAAUUCAUGUUCGUAUUUUGUAAUGUAUCAUCGUUAUGUUCUCACAGUUUAAUGAGUGAUGAUAAACAAGGCUCAGAUCGAAAUUGCCUACAGGUGGAUUUUACGAAAGUCUCACAACACUUUAUAAUGUGCUCCGGCAACAAUAAUUGUUCCCGCGGACAACCUCUCACACUAACUAAAUUCCUGAUUUCAACCAUGGCACUAUAUACCUAACCGUAAAUCUACCCUAAAACCAAACCACGACCAUAUAUAUUCCUUGCCCUAUCUUUGGGCGUGUUUAUGCUUCACUUUUUCUGGCCAGAAUCAGGCAUCUGUUAC